AUGGAAGGUUCCAGCGGCCUGUCUGAGUGUGUGCGCGUGAAGGAGGAGCCCGCCGAGCCAGAAGCGGAGCCCGAGCACCCGCCGCCCGGCGCGGCGCCAGCAGUACACAUUAAAGAAGAGCCACAAAAUGGACAUCAUUCAGAUAGUCUGAAGAAGGCAGAGUGUGUCAAGCAAGAGACGGAGUGUGAAAAUGAAGUCAAGGAAGAUCCCUCAUGCUCCGACAGUGAGUGUGGUGUGAGCGAGGCAGCCAUGCUGGCCGGCCUGUACACAGACCAUGAAGUCAAAGAUGAGCUUGUUCUGGGACAGGAGUGUCCAUAUCGACCUGACGUCACUCUCAUAGUUAAUGGUCGCGUUGGCUCUGUGCUCCGAGAUUGCUGCGUGACACUCGAACGUCUCCCACACGUCAAGGCGCUCGCUAAGCGCAAAGAUACAACUCAUACUGACUCGGAAUCUGAUACUGACGAAUCAUACGCUAGAGAGAAAGUACCAAUAUGUGAUCUUUGUGGUGAAAGCUUCAGUCUAAAGUCAGAUUUAUUGAAACACGUCAUGGAUCAUAUCCACAGCCCUUCAAGCGCGGAGCAGGAAGGGAGAGGAUACAGUUAUGCAUUUGAUGGUCAAUGGACGCAGGAGCAGGAGCGCGCCCUGUGCCGCAAACACGAUAUUCGGGACUGCUGCGUGCUUCUCAAACGCCUCCAACACCACGAGGCUCUCGCCAGCAACGAUACCCAAUACAUAACUCGAACUGACACGGAAUCUGAUACAGAGGAAGUACACACUAGAGUUGACUAUGAGAAACCAACAUGUCAUCUUUGCAGAGAAAGUUUUGCACUGAAAUCCGAUUUGAAGAAACAUAUCAUGACUCAUAUCCAUGUACCUACCACACACCAUCCACAAGCGAGUCCUGAUAGGGAAUCAGAUACUGGGGAGAAAAACAUCGAUAUUGACUGCGAGAAUGAACCUACAUGUGAAUUUUGUGGCGAGAUAUUUGCUCUAGACUCAAAUUUAAUGAAACAUGUUAUGAUACAUAUGUACGUAGCUCGCACUAAACAACCAUAUGAAAAUUCAAAAAUUCAUACUUAUGGGUGUGACACUUGCGGUAAAAAAUUUCAGCAAAAAAAUAGCUUAAAGCAUCAUAUUAAAACGCACUCGACCCAGUCAAAGUCUAACGACUUUAAAUGCAAUAACAUAGGAGAGAAAUCGUUCAACUGCGAAACAUGUGGUAAGCGUUUCCUAGCUAGAAAUCGGUUGAAAAGACAUUUACUAAUUCACACGGACAUAAGACCAUAUUCGUGUGACGUAUGUAAAAAACGAUUUAGAUAUUCGAGUCAAUUAAAACGUCAUACAUGGAUUCAUGGUGACAUAAGACCAUAUUUAUGUGACGUAUGUAAAAAAGGAUUUAGAACUGCUACUGAUUUAAAAAUUCAUACACGGAUUCAUACUGGCGAAAAAUCAUAUUCAUGUAAGAUAUGUGGAAAAAGUUUCGCAUCUUAUAGUGGGCUGUAUUUACAUAUACGAAUUCACACUGCCUUGACAUCAUACUACUGCGAAACAUGUGGAAAGCGUUUCCCAACUAGAGGCCGGUUGAAUAGACAUUUAAUAAUUCACACGGACAUAAGACCAUAUUCGUGUGACGUAUGUGAACAACGAUUUAGAUCUAGGACUAAUUUAAAAAAUCAUACACUGAUUCAUAGCGGGGAAAAACCAUACACAUGCAAAAUAUGCAACAAACGAUUCACGCAUUUGUACAGCCUCAGGGUACAUGAAUUAACACAUACUGGAGAAAAGCCGUUUGCCUGCGAGACAUGUAACAAGCGGUAUACGCAUAAAAAUAAUUUAGAGAAACACAAAUUCGCCAUUCAUGUACUACGUAAGUAAUUUAGGGUAGACCCACUCUACUUUUUUCUUACAAUAGCGAUGAGUCUUGAUAGUUCUUAGGUAAGAUCAACAUAUUGCACAAAGUUAGGUUUAAACAUUGAUCAUGAUCAACCGCAGACUGAUCAAAAUAAGAAGAAUUAGAAAUUAAAGAUGAAGAAAAACUUUAAAAUAAAGUUAUUACCAAAAACUAAAAAUUAUUAGUACUUUGUAGCUUUGUAAACAAACAUCCCUAAAUAUUGUUUCUUUGAAAAAUAAAACUUAAAACAAAACUAAGGCGUAUUAGUUUUCGUUUAGAUCCUUACGUAAUACGAACGUGGCGAUUACGUUCAAAAUCAUUUACGGAUAUUACGACUGUGCGGAGCUGAGCGACCUGUUCAUUCCAAAACUCAAACAAGAUGA